AAUGUGAUGACCCAAGAAUAUUUUGAGCAUGUUCUAAGUUCUAGAGGACCUACGAGCCUGUUCGAGUACGUUCCAAAUAGACCCCAAACGGUUCUAACAUUUCACUUGACCUGUCCAAAUGAUUGGCUCAGGCAAUCAUGUUACAGAAGGCCAAAUCAAUUAAACAGAAAUUGAAGCGAAGUAACUCAAAUACCACCUCUAAUAAGAUCAACUCUACCGAUGCAAAAAAAGCUGAAAAGUUGGCAAAGAAAUAUGUGGGGAAGGGGAUUGCAAGAUCUAAUAGCCUGAAAGAAGUGUCAAAUAAGGAGAAAAUAAAGCAGGUGAAGAAAGACAAGUUAGAUGGAGCCAGUGCCAAAGUGUUCCAGGCCCUUGGCUACAUGGAGGGCAUCAUAUACAAGUAUGAGGUAGAAAAGAAGAUUCUAGCGAUGCUCCCAGAGUCUGCUACUAUACUACUAGAGGCCAUCAUGGAAGUGUAUACUUGCCUCAGUACGGCUUCAAUCAAUCAAGACAGUUCUGUGAUUAUCUCAUGCAGCAACCACAUCAACCAGACUGUAGCAGACCUGAUCAAGUGGGUAGAUGGGAUCAUGGUGAAGGGAGAAGAGGCAAUAAGUAAACAAGAGGCCAUACAGAUCAUUCAAGCAGUCAAAACUGCAGUCAAGGAUCUAGUCACAUUGUCCAAGGACAAACUCCAGGGAGGAGGGGGUAACUACAGCACACUGCAACCCAAGUCCCCAACUAAAGCUUCAGUAAAGGAUAGCUCAAAGCGUAACUCUCUCCCAGACAUCCCAUUAAGUCCAAGGGAGGAACAGAUUCUACAAGACACCAAGUUCCCAUGUGUCAAUGAUAACUCUGAUGAACCUCCUCCUAAACCACCACUUCCAAAAAAUUGGGAGUCACCGACCAUUAAGCGAAGUAACCCAGUUGUUUCAAUAGAUGGCGUGCCUCCUCCAUUGCCAGUGAAAACUCGGGGUAGCUCAAUGGGCCGUGAUGUUGAAUCGCCAGAUAGAAUAUUCGACAUGUUGCGUCCUGGCUUUUCUGGGGGUAAAGACAGUCAGAGUAGUGGGGAUAAAUCACCAGUAAAAUCCCCUAGCGGUUCCAACACCACCUCCAGUCCCCAAAAACAGGAUGUCUAUGAUAUGCUUCACCCAGGGUUCUUGGGAAAUAAAAAUGGAGGUAGUCCUAACACAUGUAGGAGCCUCUCCCCAGUGACAAUGCGGAGUGCAUCCCCUGGGAGCAGCGUGGGGUCAAGUCUGGCCCCCUCCCAAGAAGAUCUCCUUGGUGAUCAGAACUCUAGCUUUGAGACAAGAUUGUCUAUGUAUGAUAAUCAACUUGGAUUGACGCCCACUUCAAAAUUCCCCGUAACUGGAUUUGAGGAUUUAAAUGAACGUUUUAAUGCCAUGACGUCAAGUCUGUCUUUAGAGCCGCCAUCAUUGCCCAUGAAGCAAGCUAGCAUUAUAGAUAGGUUCUCAGCAUAUGAUAACUUAAGCAAGCCAGGAUCCCAGAUGCAAACUCUCUCAUCGAAAAUGAUGAAUAACUCACUAAAGUCCAAUAUAAUGAAUUGUGGAUUGUCAUCAAAUAUGAUGACUGGUUCUCAGUCUAAGACAAUGAGUCAGUCUUCCAGUCAACAAUAUUUUUCAUCCUCCUCUUCUUCAUAUUCUUCCUCGUCAUCCCAGUCUUUCCAAAAAUCUAUGCAGUCUUCAUCAUCCAGCGAGACUCGUGGUUUUUCUGGGACAUCAAAUGGUGGGGGUUUCGGGGAAACUGUUGUCCAGGAGCAUCAGCAUCAAAGUGCAGUAGAAACCAAGCAUGUAGUCGAUGAUGGCACGGGGUCGCCACAAACAGUCCAUAUGUCGCAAAUGAAAAAUGCAACUGCUGGGAAGAGCACGUCUCAUAAUGCAGGCCCUGACAACCCUAAUAAUUACAAACUUGAUGAGGUAACUAGUGCUGCACAUUCUAAGUCAAUGACGAUGCAAAACGAUGGCACUGGUACCCCACCCAAGUAUCACGUUGAGGAGCUUAAAAAUGUCAAACAGGGUAAAUGUUUGACAGGAUAUAAAGAUGGCGAUUUGUCUCAACCAAUCAAAAUGGCUGCUGUGCAGAGUGACACUGCUGGGAGGAGCAUGUUAAUUGACCAAUCAGAUCGCAAUGCAGCACCAACAUACCAUAUAAAUGAAAUGAGAAACACGACAGAAGGAAAGGGUAUUAUGGGCAUUAAAGAUGGUUCACCUCUGAAGAUAGCGGAAGUGGCUUCCUCUACUGUACAAAGGGGUGCCACAGUCAACCCAAAUGGCCAGGUGAAUAUGAGACAGACUCAGUCUCAGCAGCAACAAGGGAAGAAACAGAUAGGAGGCCUCUCUGGCUCAGUAGAGACAUUUUCAAGUGGGAGCUCAGACACUACAAGUGGUGUGUUCUCUAGUAUGGAGAGUUUACCUAAGAUGCCACCUCCCCUGCCCAUCAAGUCAAAACCAAUUCAUGCCUACAUGGGGUUGUUUCAAAUCGGCCAUCAGGAUUGGACGCCUCCAAGUGUGCAGGACUUCCAUCGCAACAGCAUGCGGUCUGUCAACUUCUACCAGACAAACUUUGAGCGUCACAAUAUGGCACUGUUCAACCCUAUGGCCCGCUCAAACACAAUCUCGAUCAUGUCUAACAUCUCCGGGUCUACGGGAUCAGAUGUUUUCUCACUUGGGGGCCUAAGCAGCUCAAGUUCUUAUUAUGACAACAUCAAUCAGACUCCAUCACCUAGGUUACCACCGAAGAAAAAUCGGACAAGUGAGCUGACGACAUCAUCAGGACGCAACAGUGCUGCAGAGUCUGUCAACUCUGAGCCGAGCAAUUUGGGAAUACCCCGUUACCCUGCCCUGACUGCCCCACCCAGGAGUGAGAGUGAGCCUAGAAAGUUGAAGUAUUCUGAGGAGGAAGAGAAAGUGGUUGAUACAGACUCUGAUUUUAGUGAGCCAUCCUUCCUUGAUGAGCCUGAUGUUUCUGAUAUGCUUAUAAGGAAAGCAGAGGCUGACAAGACUGAUAACGCAUCAGACAUCAAAGGAGGAAUGCUAGAUGCCCUUGUGGUUCAUGCAACAGCAGCCACCAAACAUGAUUUUAUGUACCAAGAAGCGUUCUUGACGACAUAUCGCACAAUGUUGACCCCCAAGGAAUUGAUUGAUAAGAUCAUGUAUCGCUACAAUAAGUUCAACCCGCAUAGUGAUGAUCGCAAGAAGCGGCUGGCCAGGAAUGCAUUCUCAUUGUUAGUGAGAGUUGUCGAUGAACUAUGUUGCGAACUAGACAAUGUGAUAGUGAAUACACUUCUUGGGAUAGUUUAUGAUUUUGUGUGUAGUGGGGAGUUGAUGCUUGCACGUAUUCUACGCAAGAAAGCGCUGGAGAAGUUGGAGCUGAAGAGACUGAUGAUGACCAAUAUUUCUAGCACUGUCCUCUCUUCUAGACCUGCUACCACUAAGGAGUUAAAAGUGACUGAUUUCAAGGCCCAUGAAAUAGCUGAGCAGAUGACACUCUUAGAUGCAGAACUCUUCCAGAAAAUAGAGAUCCCAGAGGUGCUUCUCUGGGCCCAAGAGCAGUCUGAAGAACUGAGUCCCAACCUUACAAUGUUUACAGAACACUUCAACAAGAUGUCAUACUGGUGCCGAUCUAUGAUUCUAACACAAGAGGACCCCAAAGAACGAGAAAAAUACUUAGUCAAGUUCAUCAAGGUCAUGAAGCAUCUGCGUAAGAAGAACAACUUCAACUCCUACUUAGCCAUCCUGUCAGCUGUAGAUUCAGCCCCUGUGAGGAGGCUGGAGUGGCAGAAACAAAAUGUGGAGGUGUUAAAAGAUUUCUGUACACUCAUAGAUAGUUCCUCAUCCUUUAGGAACUACAGGAAUGCGUUGGCUGAGAGUGAACCUCCAUGUAUACCUUAUAUUGGUUUGGUGCUACAAGAUCUUACAUUUGUCCAUAUUGGUAACCAAGACUUCCUGCCAGAUGGCUGUGUCAACUUUGUCAAAAGAUGGCAGCAGUUUAACAUUCUGGACAAUAUGAGACGCUUCAAGAAAUGCCAUUACACAUUCAAGAAGAACCCCAGGAUUAUAACCUUCUUCAAUGACUUUGAUGAUUUCCUGAGUGAGGAGGCACUUUGGCAGAUCUCUGAGUCCAUUAAGCCAAGAGGAGGCAAAAAACACUAAUUAUGUGCAUAAUUAAAAUGUGAUAUGAUUGGCUGGAAUAUAUUAGUGUUAUACACAUGAACUUAAAUGGCUAAUAUAAGUGAUAUAUUUGGAUUUGAUUGGCUUUAAUGAAAUGGAAUAUAUUAUACACCAUCAUUUGAUUCGCUGAGAGAUACACAUUUAAGAUUUUGUUGGCUCAAAUGAAUCAUGUGACAGCACUGAUUAUGUGCAUAAAUAAAAGUCAAAACAUGAUUGGCUGGAAUUUGUUACACACUUGGAUCUACAGUUGGAUUAAACUAGCUGAAUUGAGUGAUACUCUUGAAUUUGAUUGCCUUAAUUGAAUCUGAAGACUAUGUCAAAUCUAUCUGCCAUUCAAGAAUCACACUCAGAGUCACAACUGGUAUGAGUGGCUGAAGUCUUUAACCUGAACUUGAUUGACACAUAGGGAAUAUUAUCUGAUUAUGAUUGGCUAAUAUGAACAACAAAAUGAACAUCAGAUUGGCUGGAAAUAAUGAAGAAGUUAAUCCUGAUUGGGUGAAAGUAGAUUAGUCCUCCUGUAUCAAAUAAGCUGAACCAAGUGUAGUAGCCAGCAAGAUAUGCAAGAUCUGCAUAAAAAAUGUGAUAAGAAGACUGACAGGUUAGGAUGACAGACUCUUCAAUCGGAAAUUAAGAAAGUCAUGGAUUGCUCUAACUAUGGAAUGAGAAUAUAUGCAUGUUCCAACAAAAAUGGGCUAACCAUAGAAUGUGCAAUUUUAUGCAUCGCUGUUUACCAUUGGUUUAUCGAUCCAUACUACAAUACUUCAGUAUAUGCCACUAUAUGUAGGCAAAU